AUGCUGCUUGAACAAGGUGCCGACGUGGAGUCUAGGGAUAAUGAACAUGAUCGAACCCUACUCUCAUGGGCAUCUGGUAAUGGUCACGUUGCAGUGGUUAAGGAAUUGCUCGCGAAGAAUGCCAAUAUGCAGUCCGAGGAUUGCCAGUAUGGUCGAACACCGCUCUCCUGGGCGGUUGAGAAUAUGCACUCAGCGGUAAACAUGGCUUGCUCUGCCCCUCUACAGCUUUAUUAUUCUGGAAUUACGUUUGCCGCUGGGGAGUCUAUAACUGGAAGAAAGUUGAGAGAUAAAUCAUGGAGCGCACAACUUCAGACCCUUAAGGGUCAUUCGGGUAUGGUAAACACUGUGGUCUUCUCUCCAGAUAGUGAGAUACUGGCCUCAGGCUCUGGUGAUGGAACUAUCCAGCUGUGGGAUGCCAAGUCCGGAAAACAACUCCAGAUCUUUGAUAGCUGUUUGGGUUGGGUUAAUACUAUGGUCUUCUCUCCAGACAGUGAGGUACUGGUCUUAAGCUCCCUUGAUAGAACUAUCUGGCUGUGGGAUAUCAAGUCUAGAGAACAACUCCAGAUCUCUAAGGGCUAUUUAGAUUAUACUUAUAAUCUGGCCUUCUCUCUAGAUAGUGAGAUACUGGCCUUAGGCUCUGGUGAUGGAACUAUACAGCUGUGGGAUACCAAGUCCAGAGAACCACUCCAGACCCUUGACAGCUAUUUAGAUUGGGUCAAUACUAUGGCCUUCUCUUUAGACAGUAAGAUUCUGGCCUUAGGCUCUGAUGAUAAAACUGUCCAGCUGUGGUGUACCAAGUCUAGAAAACAACUCCAGAUACUCGAGGGCCAUUUAGCUCGUGUUAAUACUGUGGCCUUCUCUCCAGACAGUAAGAUUCUGGCCUCAGGCUCUGGUGAUAAAACUGUCCGGCUAUGGUGUACUAAGUCUGGAAAACAACUGCAGAUUCUUGAGGGCCAUUUAGAUUGGGUUAGAGCUGUGACCUUCUCUCCAGACGGUGAGAUACUGGCCUCAGGCUCUGAUGAUAAAACUGUCCGACUAUGGGAUGCUAAGUUUAGGAAGUAA